CAGUAUGUUCUUUGCCUGCCUAUUCGCACAAGGUGACAGUAACAAACAGGAAAUCUCUCCAUUUAAUGUCAGGAUUACAGUAUCACCGUUUUUAUAAUACCCUCAUCACAUCAUGUAAAAUGGAUUUUGGGAAGGCGUAUUUUAAUCUUAAGACUCUGUUUUUGACAACGAUGAUGUUCAAAUGGGGAAUCUUCUGCACAGCCGUACCUGAAAAAUGCCUGUCUGCACCUUGUCAAAAUGGAGCCACCUGUGUGGACACAACGGAUGAUUAUGCUUGCAUUUGUGUCAAUGAAGGAGUGAGAUACAUGGGCAAAAAUUGUGACCAACUCUAUGAUGCUUGUUCCUUUGCACCAUGUGAAAACUGCAUCAGCACUCUUGGUAUGCCAGAAUACCAUUGCAUCUGCCCAAGUGGCCUAUCGGGUGAUAACUGCGCGGAGGAGAUGGACGAGUGCCUGAGUAGCCCCUGCUCUGAGCCACGUUAUUUGUGUGUAGAUCAACUCAAUGGAUACUUCUGCAGGUGUCCCGCUGGUUAUGGAGGGCCAAGAUGCCACCAACGUGUAACUGACUGCAUUGACGAACCCUGCAUGAACAAUGGGACCUGCAUUUUUCACCCACAAGGCUUUGAAUGCCAAUGUGCACCAGGAUAUGAAGGAAAAACGUGUGAGGAGGAUAUAAAUGAUUGCUUGUCGGAGCCUUGUCAAAACGGUGCUCUCUGUAUUGAUGGAGUGGCAGAGUUCCAUUGCUUCUGUGUGCCAGGUUUUCAGGGCCACACCUGUGAAAUUGACAUCAAUGAGUGUGCAUCAAGACCAUGUGAUAACAAUGGUACUUGCAUCAAUGAAAAGGACCACUAUACGUGUGAGUGCCUCAUGGGCUUUGCAGGAAUCAACUGCGAAACUGAAAUUGAUGAGUGUGAAGUGGAUCCCUGCCACAAUGGAGGCACCUGCCACGACGGUAUUGGCAUUUACUCAUGUGAAUGUCUUCCUGGGUUUGAAGGCAUCAGUUGUGAAGCUAACAUUGAUGAGUGUGCAAGUAAGCCAUGUAACAAUGGAGGUGGCUGUCGUGACAUGGUCAACAGCUAUGAAUGUGACUGCGGUGAUACCGGAUUUGAGGGCGUCCAUUGUGAAGUGGACAUCGCUGAAUGUGCGUCUCAUCCCUGCCAACAUGGUGCUACGUGCCUGGAGGGAGUGAAAGAUUAUACUUGCGACUGUUGGCCAGGUUAUGAAGGCACAAACUGUGAGAUUGACACCGACGAGUGUGCUGAACAUCCUUGUGACAAUGAUGGGGAAUGUUUUGAACGUUCAAAUCUGAGUCACUGGGAGCUUGAUUGGGAACGAAGCUAUGCAAAUGCAGCUGGAUAUAUUUGCCAGUGUCAGUCAGGGUUUGCAGGACAGAACUGUACCAUUAACAUUGAUGAGUGUGACUCUGAACCCUGCCAUAAUGGAGGCACUUGUGCAGAUCAAAACAAUGGUUAUGUUUGUACCUGCCCUGCCGGGUUUUCAG